AAUCCCAACCAGGGGCAGGCUGACCAUUUGGAAACUCGGGCACUGCCCCAGGGCCUGGGGUCAGUAGGGGGCCCCAUGAGAUGCCCCUGGUACCUUUUUCAUAGGCUUUUUUGAGUUUGGGCAAGGACACAGGGGCCCCAUGAUCCCCUAUUGCCCGGGGGUUCCAUGAGUUGUCAGUCCGCCCCUGAUCCCAACCCUACAUCAUCUGCAAGCAACUGUUCAGUUUGCUGGAUAGUUUGUACAGUUUCAUUGGAGUUAAUUAGGAGAUUGAGA